AUGGGCCAAGGAGCCGCGGGGCAUGCUGGGAGUGCUAGCCCUUCCGGGGCGCCUCAGGACUUCAGGUCCACUCACCUCGGGCGGAUACCCAAAGACUCCGCCUUCCCAGGAGCCCUUGCGGCCGGGCGCGAAGAUGGCGGCAACGACGGCCGGGCGCUCCUGAAGCUGCAGGAAUGGAGCUUCCCUCAGCCCCGGGGCCGGAGAGGCUCUUUGACUCUCACCGGCUCCCGGGUGACGGCUUUCUGUUGCUCGCGCUGCUGCUCUACGCGCCGGUUGGCUUCUGCCUCCUCGUCCUGCGCCUCUUUCUCGGGAUCCACGUCUUCCUGGUCAGCUGCGCGCUACCAGACAGCGUCCUUCGCAGGUUCUGACGCAGGCGUUUGGGUAGUGUCAGGGCUGGGCCUGGCCCGAAGACACACAAUCACCACCUCCUGUGUCCCCAGGUUCGUAGUGCGGACCAUGUGUGCGCUGCUGGGGCUCGUGGCCCGGCAGGAGGACUCUGGACUCCGGGAUCACAGCGUCAGGGUUCUCAUUUCCAACCACGUGACACCUUUCGACCACAACAUAGUCAAUCUACUCACCACCUGUAGCACCCCUCUACUCAAUAGUCCCCCCAGCUUUGUGUGCUGGUCUCGGGGCUUCAUGGAGAUGGAUGGGCGGGGGGAGUUGGUGGAGUCACUCAAGAGAUUCUGUGCUUCCACGAGGCUUCCCCCCACCCCUCUGCUGCUAUUCCCUGAGGAAGAGGCCACCAAUGGCCGGGAGGGGCUCCUGCGUUUCAGUUCCUGGCCAUUUUCUAUCCAGGACGUAGUACAACCUCUUACCCUGCAAGUUCAGAGACCCCUGGUCUCUGUGACGGUGUCAGAUGCCUCCUGGGUCUCAGAACUCCUGUGGUCACUUUUCGUCCCUUUCACGGUGUAUCAAGUAAGGUGGCUUCGUCCUGUUCAUCGCCAACUAGGAGAAGGGAAUGAGGCGUUUGCACUCCGUGUACAACAGCUGGUGGCCAAGGAAUUGGGCCAGACAGGGACACGGCUCACUCCAGCAGACAAAGCAGAGCACAUGAAGCGACAAAGACACCCCAGAUUGCGCCCCCAGUCAGCCCAGUCUUCUUUCCCUCCCUCCCCUGGUCCUUCUCCUGAUAUGCAGCUGGCAACUCUGGCUCAGAGAGUCAAAGAAGUUUUGCCCCAUGUGCCAUUGGGUGUCAUCCAGAGAGACCUCGCCAAGACUGGCUGUGUAGACUUGACUAUCACUAAUCUGCUUGAGGGAGCGGUAGCUUUCAUGCCUGAAGACAUCACCCAGGGAACUCAGUCCCUACCCACAGCCUCUGCCUCCAAGUUCCCCAGCUCUGGCCUGGUGACCCCUCAGCCAACAGUCCUAACAUUUGCCAAGUCUUCCUGGGCCCGGCAGGAGAGCCUACAGGAGCGUAAGCAAGCACUAUAUGAAUAUGCAAGAAGGAGAUUCACAGAGAGACAAGCCCAGGAGGCUGACUGAACUCAAAGGAACAGGAUGGCACCCAGAGCCGCAGGACGGAGACUGGGGGCAGCCCUCACCCGACUUACAACAGGCUGGAUGGGUGGGUGGGUUGUAAAAAGGGAAGGAUGAGGCUCCCCCAAUAUCACAUUAAAUUCAUGAUUUUCAUUCAA